UUACAUUAAAGAAAGCGAGGCGAGCGCUUGGAUUUUAAGCGCGGGCUCCAUACAAAACACUCGAAGCUCAGGUUUCAAUCCCUUAAUCUCAUUUCAAUUAAUGCAAUAGUUAUCAUAACAAUGUCGACGGCGAAAACAAGCCACAGGAAGCGAGCCGCCGAGUCAGUUCUCACCAAAUCUGACUCCAAAUUCCGAGUCGAGGACGAGUUCGAUGUCGACCUGUCCAGUGAUAUUAAAGGGAUAAUGUCGGCGCUACAUCAGAUCAGAGAGAAGGCAGCAAAGGACGGUCAAAAGAAAAAUGAGGAAACGAUUUCUAGUGUGGCGUCUGAGGUCAGGUCAAUGAUUGAUGAGUUGAAAUCCAAAGUUGAGAAGGACAGGCAGUGUUUCGCAAGGGCACUUUCAAAGAGCUCUAAAGAGUGUGAGAACUGUUUGAAGAAUGAGACCACAAAGUUUCAGGAGAUUUACGAGAAAUUUUGCAAGGAGAAAGCGGCUCAUUUGCAGGCCCUAAAAGAUACCAUUUCCAAAUUUGAAGAAGACAAGGAAAGGCUGUUCAUGCGAUACGAACAACUGAGAAAGAAAGAGAAAACUAUGAUAUCUGAGCAAGAGAAAGCUUGUGCUGAUAAAAUUGCUAAAUUAGAGGAGUCCUUGAAAAAGAAAAAGCAGGAUGACAAAACUUUCAGCAUUUUGAGGAAAACACUAGGCUCCUUCCUGGAAAACGCCUCGGAUGAGGACUUCCCUCCAGAUGAAUAAAACAGUAAUUGCAUUAACACGCUCUGGUGCAUGCAUUUAACGGUCAAUACAGAUAAAGGUAGCAUCUACUCAUGUUUCAUGCCUUAUCAUCUGUUAUUUUCAUCCUAUAGUUCAGUUGUUACUUCACUUCACACGUGAAUUUAGGCGUACAAUCUUUGAG